AUGCUUGGGGUAAGCUUACGUGCUUUCUUAGGGCGUUUGCCCUUUUUGGUCGGAGUCGAGGUUAGGCGAUGUUCGGGACGUGACUCGCUGAAGCAAGCCGGCAAGGCGGUUGCAGCUCCCAUGAUGGAUUUCUACAAGAAGAAUGAAACUGAGGGCAUUCCCGGCAAACUCACCGACACAUGGUAUGUGGCCGGAAGUAUGUUUAUGACGUUGAUUCAAUACUGGCAAGCGUCGGGCGACGACACCUACAAUGCGGUCGUGUCGCAUGAUUUGAUGUUUCAAGCGGGCGAGAAUUAUGAUUACUAUUCAAAGAAUGUUAGCGACUGGCUGGGUAACGAUGACCAAAUGUUCUGGGGUCUCGCAACCAUUACAGCCUCUGAGGCUGGAUUCCCGGAGAUCUCCGGUAAGCCUUCGUGGACAUCUCUUGCUCGCGUGGUGUUCAACAUGGAAGUGGAACGCUGGGAUGAAUCGGCCUGCAACGGUGGUAUGCGGUGGCAGCUCUGGCCCUAUCAGGAGGGCUAUACCAUGAAAAAUGCAAUUUCAAACGGUGGUCUUUUUGAGCUAGCCGCCAGACUAGCUCGCUUCACUAAGAAUGAGACCUACGCGGAAUGGGCAGACCGCAUCUGGGACUGGUCGGCCGGCACGCCAAUUUUACAGACUGAUCGCUGGUACGUUGCCGACUCAACGUCCAACUUGAACAAUUGUAGCGAUGCGGGAGACCAGCAGUGGUCUUAUAAUUAUGGCACGUACCUCGCUGGUGCAGCUUUCAUGUAUAAUCAUACAAACGGUGCGGACAAGUGGCUCAAGCGCGUCGACGGCCUGCUAAACUCAGUAUUGACGACCUUCUUCCCAAAGGAAGGCAACGGCGUUAUACUCUCUGAAGUCGCCUGUGAACCUAUCCUGACAUGCGAUCGGAACCAGCUUGGCUUCAAGGGCUACGUCGCCAUGUGGCUAGCCUUCACGGCCAUGCUGGUUCCUUCGACGAGAGAGCUGAUCACGCCCAAGUUGCAGGGGUCUGCGGCAGGUAUCUCGAAACAGUGUUCCGGAGGAGAUCAAAACCUCUGUGGAGAACGAUGGUAUUCAACUGAACCGGCAGGCCCAACCGGAUUGGAGGUACAGAUGGCUGCUCUGGGUGGUAUCACGAGCAAUCUAAUGCUCUUUGAAGCGCAAUCACCCAAGACUAUCGAGUCCAACCCAAACGCCACGGAGACCGAGAUCGACCACCAUAGUGACGAGCAGCCGAACACCCCUAAGGCGAUUACUACUGGCGAUCGGGCGGGGGCAGGGAUCGUCACAGUCGUUGUCGCGAUCGCCGUGGCGGGUACUGUGGUAUGGAUGAUAAUACCGUAG